GGAGACUUUUCCAUGCACUGCAGCAGCUGCCGCAUGAUCCGCGUCUUCAGCCGGGCAGCAUAAAAGUCGACUAUAAUGGUGUAGCUGUUCGCACCAUCCCUUUCCAUUCUACACAGUAUGGCCACCAUGACUAUGCCAAACAGUACAACUGUUUUGAUCGUUGGUGCAGGACCCUCUGGUCUUGUUGCAGCGCUUUCUCUCCUCCAUCAUGGCUUUAAGGAUUUCGUCAUUGUGGAUGCUGUUGAGCAAGGUGAGAAUACCUCACGCGCUCUGGUCGUUCAUGCCGCGACGUUAGAGGCGCUGGACACCAUUGAUUGCGGGGAAGAAAUCGUGGCGAAGGGAACUAAAACCAGGAUUGUCAAGUUUGGCAACCGCUCGUCACCACUUGUUACUACCGACCUCACGUCUCUCGAUAAACACACCCGCCACCCAUAUGCCCUCAUCAUCCCACAGAAUCUUACCGAACAUAUUCUCGGCGAGAAAUUCAAAGCCUAUGGUGGGAUAGUUCACCGCCCAUGCAAAGUCGCCUCCUUGAGGAGGAACGAAAAUGAUGACCGUCUCACUGAUGUCACAUUCGAAGAUGGGAAGAUCAUCACUGCAAAGUAUGUCGUCGGCGCAGAUGGCGCUCGUUCUGUUGUUCGUCAGAUGGCGGGUAUCGGUUUUACAGAUCCUAAGACUGGCGAGAGGGGUGAUAGGAUUACCAACCUGGCUCAAAUGGUCCUUGCGGAUAUUAUAUACGAAGGUGGAGACGACACCAAGGUGGAAUUUUCAGGCACAAUGACACCCGACAGCUUCUUCCUUUGCGUGCCUAUGCCAAACUCAUUCAAUGAAUUCCUCGCCAUGAAUGGGCAGGAAGUCAAGGGUACAAUAUACCGUAUUGGCUCGGGUGUUCCUCUGGUGGAUGGGGAGAUUCCACAUUCACCAAGCAAGGAAUAUCUACAGAAUCUCAUUGAUCGGUUUGGGCCCACAAAUCUCUCAUCAGUUCCUUCAGUCAAUCCCAACUCCAAACCAGUACGCAUCAAGGAAGUUAUAUGGUCAACUCGGUUCCGCACGCAUUCCGCCAUCGCUGACAAGGCAUUUACUCGCCUUGGCGAAGACGAGCUCCAGGGUGCUACCAUAGCGGCUGAUGACUCCACCAUGAAACACGGUGGCAUCAUCCUUCUCAUUGGUGAUGCGGCGCACAUCCACUCUCCCGCUGGCGGUCAGGGCAUGAACCUUGGCGUCCGCGACGCAGUGUUCCUUGGAGAGGCUCUGAUGAAGCACAUAAACGCAUCUGCUUCGCAACCCGACACUGAUUAUAUCUUGCGCAAAUUUGGAGAGGAGAGGCAUGAACGCGCACUAGAAGUGAUUGCGUUCACCAAGACACUGCUUUCACUUCUGGGGACAAAAGAUGAGAAGAUAUCAUGGUGGUUUCCAAUCUCGGCUACUACUGUGCGAGACUGGGUGAUGUGGGUUGGCGGAAAGCUUGGCUUCAUGCAAGCGAGGAUGGCGUGGUCGAUGAGCGGACUGGGGAGGAGAUAAUAGGCAUUUCUUGUGGAUGUAAUUUAAUCGUGCUCAGACUACUUACCUUCACCUCUCCGUUUUAAUUUUUGAUAAUGACACACGUACGUUCUUCUGGAAAACGAUUAAAAUCAUGUAGGGUUCUGCAUCGGACUUAGGUACAGCAUUCGCGUGUUAUUCUCGAACGCCGAGGAUGAGGCGUGGUCCC